AUGGGAAAUGGAGAAUGUGCGUGGAUUACUCCGACCUUAACAAAGCAUGUCCCAAGAAUUCCUUUCCCCUACCCAACAUCAGCUCUUGUUGACGUGGAUUACUCCCUCAUGGAUGCCUAUUCUGGGUAUAAUCAGAUAUCGAUACACCGGCUAGAUGAAGAGAAAACGGCAUUCACAACGCCAGGAGGGACAUACUGCUACAAGGUGAUGCCGUUCGGACUGAAGAAUGCGGGGACCACAUACCAAAAGCUGAUGAACAAAGCCUUCAGAGACCUCAUCGGCAAAACGGUAGAGGUAUACGUAGACGAUAUCUUGGUCAAGACCGCCAGGGCCGAGGACCUCAUAAGUGAGCUAGAAAACGUCUUCACCUCUCUUCGUCAACACAAAAUGAGGCUCAAUCCGCUGAAGUGUGCCUUCGCUGUCGAAGCCGGUAAAUUCUUGGGGUUCAUGAUAACCCAAAGGGGGGUGGAGGCCAACCCAAAAAAGUGUGAAGCAAUCCUACAGAUGAAGAGCCCGGGAAGCGUGAAAGAUGUCCAAAGGUUAGCGGGCAGACUCACCACGCUAUCCCGCUUCCUCGGCGCGUCGGCAGCAAAAGCUCUGCCUUUCUUUAACCUAAUGAAGAAGGGAAUCGCGUUCGAGUGGACCCCGGUAUGUGAAGAGGCUUUCAUGCAAUUCAAAGAGAUAAUCUCGGCACCACCCGUCCUCGCGAGGCCUAAGAAUGGAGAAGCGUUGUACUUGUACUUGGCAGUAACCGACGAGGCCUUGGCGGCGGUCUUGGUGCGAGUGGCAUAUGCGCUCCUGACCUCGUCGCGCAGGUUGCGGCAGUACUUUCAAGGACACCAAGUAAUCGUCAGGACGGAUCAGGCAAUCCGACAAGUACUCCAGAAACCCGACCUGGCAGGUAGAAUGAUGACUUGGGCUGUUGAACUCUCCCAAUAUGACUUACAGUAUGAAUCCAGGCACGCGAUCAAAGCUCAAGUCAUGGCUGAUUUUCUGGUAGAGGUGACAGGGGACCCUGCCGGGACACCGAGCACACGGUGGAAGCUCCAUGUUGACGGAGCAUCCAACCAAACAUUCGGAGGAGCAGGAAUCAUCUUAGAAAACCCAACUGGAGUUGUAUAUGAGCAGUCAGUCAAAUUUGAUUUCCCGGUGUCAAACAAUCAAGUAGAAUAUGAGGCCCUGCUGGGCAGCCUAGCUUUAGCAAGAGAGGUCGGAGCCACCAGACUGGAAGUAUGUAGCAACUCGCAGGUCGUAACUUCUCAGAUCAAUGGGACCUACCAAGCUAGAGACUCACUGUUACAGAAGUAUCUGGAGAAAGUCAAAGAGUUGAGCAAGCAAUUUGAGGAGGUCACGGUCCAACACGUUCCGAGAGAAAGGAACACACGGGCAGACCUCCUGUCCAAGCUAGCGAGCACAAAACCAGGGACUGGUAACCGGUCUCUCAUUCAGGGUUUGAUAAAAGAACCAGCAGUGGCUUUACAUCUAACCCGGUCAGAUCCCUCUUGGAUGUACCCGAUCAUCGAUUUCCUGGAAAAGGCCAGGCUCCCCAGCGAUGAGAAGGUGGCCAAAACAAUAAGGCGAGAAGCGGCCAAGUAUGCAAUCAUACAGGGCCAAUUGUUUAAAAAAGGGCUUAGUCAACCACUGCUGAAAUGCCUACGUCCCGACCAAAUGGAGUUACGGAGUACGUCCUCUGGGAAGUCCACGAAGGAUGCUGCGGUCACCACAUCGGAGGGAAGGCCUUAG